CUGUUCCCGCGGAACCCGACCCGCACCCAGCCUCUCUAUCGCUGCUUGUCCCAGCCCCUUCCGCCUCUUCCGCAGCCGCCAUCGCCGGGACGCCAGGCCUCUCCUCGCCAUGUCGUCUCACAAGACGUUCAAGAUCAAACGUUUCCUUGCGAAGAAGCAGAAGCAGAACCGUCCCAUCCCGCAAUGGAUUCGCAUGAAGACGGGCAAUAAGAUCAGGUACAACUCCAAAAGGAGACACUGGAGAAGGACCAAACUGGGCUUGUAAAAAAGACUGUCCCCUGGGAACUCUAAUAACACUUGUCUUUCUGCACCAGACUGAACCACCCCCUACAUACUCAAGUGAUUCCUUCUGUAGUGCUGGACUGCAAUCCCCAGCAAUUUGGGGGUUUUAUAGUCUGGGAUAUCGAUGUUAAAAUCUUGGAAGCAGUUUGCAUCUGAAACUUGGAGACUGUGUUCUAUUAGCGUUCUUUUUUCCAGGAACCAUCAUGAGUGUUGACAGGGUACAGGCUUAUUAAUAAAUAUGAAACUGAA